GUUUGGCUGGGCUUGUUUGCAAGCUUCAAUGAUAGCAAAAUUUUCAUUUCCUGUUUCUUCCCAUCUGAUGCGGAACGGAAGAAAUGCUGGCCAAAAAUUCAACCCAAAAAGAGUGAUCUCCCAAACAGAUAUCUAUUUCCAAUUUUUGAUCCCUUUAUUAAAUUCUUCAUUUAUUGUCCGGUUGCAGAUUCGACGUACUCCAUGGUGAUCGACCCUUACAGUUGGUGGUUUCUCAUUUGCUAUCCAAUCCAUGAUAUUAUUUCCUUUUCUCUAGUCUAAUUUUCGAGGGUCUUCCCUCGUGCAUUUUUUCAUUGUCGGCAUUAAUUUGCUUUACUUCUUGCUGUUGGGUGUAGGCGUCCCACUUCAUGUGGAUUCAGUUUUGGCAUUUAUUAGCCUUAAUUUCUGCAUUUUGACGAAUACCCAUUUUUGUUUCCCCUCUUUUUUGGGUUUUUCCUUCCUGGGUUAUUGCCUUCUGUAUUGAUUAGCUUCGGCGCUUCAUUAUUUUCGAGUACCCAUUUGCAUUUCCCCUCGUUUUUGGGUUUCUCCUUCUUGGGUUGGUGCCUUCUGCAUUGAUUAGCUUCGGCGCUUCAUUAUUUUUGAGUACCUGUUUUCUCUGGUCCUUGCUUUUGCUUUUGGGCUUCUCUUUCGUGGGUUGUUGACUUCUUAAUCGAUCAAGUAUUGCUCAGCCUUGUUUUCUUCAUCAAUAUACAUACAUAUUAAUCUUGUGUCCGUUUCUUCUUCGUAUGUGAAGUCAUCGAUCCUCGUGGUAAUCUAUCAGUCCCAUUUCAAUGGGUCUUCUCUUCCUUGCUCAAUCUUGCAUUUUGAGAUUCCCCUCCCCUCCCUCACCCCCUCCCCCGUUUCUUUUUUCUUUCUUUUUUGGGAUUUCUUGUUAUGUCUGUAAACUAUAAUUACUCUCAGGUAACUUAUGCUGGGGUUUUGCAUUGGUUGUUACACAUCUCAAUUGAUUAUCCAUUACAUUUACAUGCUCAUUUGAUUCUCUUGCAGGAUUAUUUGUUUUCUCUUUAAUUAUGGAGUUGUAUUUUUGGGGUUAAUCCUUAAAUCUGACCCUUGUUUAUGUGUAAUUUGAUUUCAUUCUUGAACUUACUGUGUUAAAAGGAAGAGAUUCUGCCUAAAUGUUUUCAGAAUAUAAUGAAGAAUAGUAUCAGUU